AUGCCCGUUUUCGACAACACGAACUUCCUCGUCAUCGAUGAGAGCCAGAACCGCGAAGGGGAGGCCGGCGGAUCUUCCGCGGCCGAAAUCGGCCGGCUCAUCUCCGAGAACGGCGGCCGGGCAACGUUUUGCGAUCCCGCCGGGUGCUUCGGGUUCAUAGACCAGCACAAAAUCACCCACGUGAUCACGGAAACUGCCGGGUUUGCAGAUGAGGCUGCUGCCACAGAAACCAUGGUGCCGGUGACCACCGGAAAAUGGGUGUGGGACUCGGUGGCGCUGGCCCAGAAGCGGAAUUACCGGUUGUACGCCCCUUCUCCAGCGCCGUUCAUGGACAAGGUGGUGGUCUGCGUCGCGGACAACGUUGCCCAGGGCGACAAGGACACCAUUUAUGCGGGCGUGCGGGCGUUUGGAGGCCAGUAUCUCGACGCGUUGCUGCGAUACACGACCCAUCUAGUGGCGCUUGAUCUCACCAACAACAAGCUGGUGGUGGCAGCCAACAUCCGCCGCAAGGACACCGGCGAUAUCUGCAUCGUGCUCCCGCACUGGAUCGAUGCCUGUGUACGCCAGCAGCGGCACGUGCUAGAAACCCCGUACUUGCUCUCGAACCCGAAGGUGUUGCAGACGGGAAAGCCGGAUUUCUCCGCCGACGGCGGCGAGCCAGCCCCCGAGAUCUCGAAACUCGCCCACACCUUAGUGCUUGCACACAAAAGCGUCUAUCUUGCGGAUGACUUUGCCGUCUAUCUUGCGGAUGACUUUGCGUUCAGUGAACACUUGAGGGCGGCCAUAGUCUCACUCAUCGAGACUCUCGGCGGCACCGUGCAGCACCAGUUCGAUCUGGGGCACAUCGAUGUGUACAUCGGAAAGCACCGUCUGGGCGCACAGUUUCAACAAUGUUUUGCUGCGCCUCGAAUUGACGUCGCUAGCUUGCACUGGCUUUUCCAUAUUGCCACGCAGGGCCACUACAUCCGGCCACUAGAGUCCAACGUGCUCCACUUCCCAAUCCCCACCCGCGGGGUGCCGCAAUUCCAAAACUUACGUAUCAGCAUCACGGGCAUCAGUGGAGACGCCCGGCACUACCUUGCAGGCUUGAUUGCAGCCAUGGGGGGCACGUUCACCAAGACCCUCGAUUGCAAUAAUGAUUAUCUUGUGUGCGCGCAGAGGCUGGGCGACAAGUAUCACGCGGCACACCUGCGGUGGCCCGAUGUUAGGCUCGUCAACCACUUGUGGAUCGAGGAGUGCUUUUCCACGUGGCUGUUUUUGGAUGCCACUGACUCUCGAUAUGCUUCAAUCAGCUCGCUGACCCAGCCCCUCGGCAAAACACGCCUUUCAAGGACUUCCCUCGAGGGAACUUCUCUCGCAGAGCACAUUAUACCCCUGGACGUGGACGACAGUGUAGGUGACAGUAUGGCCGAGCAAGAUGGUGCCGAGCGUUUUGCUGGUUCUGCCAGUCUAUCACCAGUCAUGCAAUCGCCAAAAACCCAAUCGCCUGCAAUUCAGCCACCAGCUCCACCAUCGCCGCUCCCAGUGGCAAGGUUUUCCAGCUUCAAAACCGCCGAAAACUCCCAGCUCACUGAUUUCACUCAAGAAAACAGCAAGACCCCUGAUAUCUUUACACCGUCGCCCGGAGAAGUUGUUGUGGUCGACACCACAAGUUUAUCUUCUCCUGUGACAUCUCAGGUUCGUGCCGGUCGGUCCGCGAAGGCGAAGGCUUCUUUGAAAUUGCACUCAGACAUGAAGGAUCUCAACCAGUACACAUCGAUGUCAAAGUCCUCGCGCAAGAUGAAGAGCUACAUGGAGCAGCUCGAGAAAACAGCUACUCCCUCGAAGAAGAAAAGAGAAAGUGCCGAUGCAAGCGAGCCAGAGCCCGUGCAGCCGACUCCAAAAAAACAGAAGACAGAUACGGAAGUGCAUUUGGUGGCCAUUUUGACUGGAUGUGAGCAAAUCUUGACCUUGACCAAGUCUGACGUGAGCAAGCUCUUGAAGGUUGGCAUACGCAUCGUCAACGACUACAACCCGAAAAAGCACAUCGACACGAUUGUUGCCCCAAGGGUGCUUCGCACAGAAAAAUUCCUAAAGAGCUUGAGUAAAGCCCAAAAAAUAGUCCACCCCAGCUUCUUGAGCGAUAUACUUAGUCGCCACACGCUCACUAGUCUUUCAUGGUCUGAGUUAAUCAAGGAAUUCAACAUCGAGGACUAUCUCUUGGACAAAGUGGUACCUGUUAAGCAGAUCAACGACGACCUUGGUGUUUCUGGCAAGGCCAGUGGUUUACAGCGGCUUCUAUCCCAAGACCUUCCACCUGUUUUCAAAGGAUAUGCUCUCAACUUCUCCCUGAACUUGGUCGGAGGAGCGGAUCUCAUCAGCAGUAUCUUACGGGAACAUGGGCUCUCCGACUCCAAGACCGUGAAGUUUACUGCAGGUACUCGCAAGUCCGGCUUGCUAAGUAUGGAUGGGGGUACAACGAUCUUGGUCGCCCAUAAAACAAAGGACAAAAAGGCAGCGUCAAAAAUCGAGGGUGUUACAGUGGUUGAAUGGGAGUGGUGCGUGAAGAGCAUUUUUCACAAGAAGGCGCAAGAAUACGAGAGUUAUAUCAUUUGA